AGCCAAGGCAGGGUAAACCACAUCACCCUCGAAGCCAGUCUACUUUUGAUACUCCCAAGAAACAAAUUGUUUCCCAAAAGGCAGAAUAUCGUCUAAGAAAAGGGAAAGAGAAUCUUCCCCCACCCACUAGAGAGUCAUUAUGAGCCACGAACUCACGCUCAUUGUCGCGGCGACGCGCAACAUGGGCAUCGGCGCCAAGGGCGGCCUGCCGUGGACGGGACUGAAGAAAGAGAUGGCGUACUUUGCGCGCGUGACGAAGAGACUUCCUCCGCAGGCACCCUCAGACGCCCGCAACGCCGUCAUCAUGGGCCGCAAGACGUGGGACAGCAUCCCGCCCCGCUUCAGACCUCUCAAAGGCCGCCUCAACAUCGUCAUCAGCCGCUCUCAGCCUGCUUCCUUGGACUCUGCUUCGGCCACGGCGGCGGCCACGGAUUUCGAAAAGGACGCGGUAAAGGUCUCCUCCUUAGACCAGGCCCUCGCGUUCCUCCGCUCCGAUGCCAGCGGAGCCGCGGCCGGCAAGCUGGGCAAGGUGUUUGUCAUUGGCGGCGCGCAGAUUUACGGCGCGGCGCUCGAGGUGCCCGAGGCCAAGAGGGUUCUGCUGACGAGGGUUAUGGGGGAGUUUGAGUGUGAUGCGUUCUUCCCGCUGAAACUUGGCGGCGAGGGCGAGGGGGGCGAAUGGGCUCAGGUUGAGAAGAAGGGGCUUGAUGAGUGGGUUGGGGAGGAGGUUGAGGGGGGUGAGAUUGAGGAGAAUGGGACGCGGUAUGAGUUCCAGAUGUGGGAGAAGAUUUGA